AUGGCGACUGAGACUGAGACAGCGGAGGAGUAUGUAUACUACCACCAGGGGGGAAUUCCUGGUCGUCGUCCUGUUUUAAGAGGCAGCAAGGCCUACCAGACCUUUGAGGAAAUUCCCCUUGUGGAUGUCACUGAUAUCACCUCGCCAUCCUUUGAAGCGCGCAAAGCAGUCGCCGAUAAGGUGGCCAAGGCAUGCGCUGAGGUUGGUUUUUUCUAUGCGCAAAACCACGACGUGCCCCAAGAUGUCAUCGACGAAAUUUUCGCCGCUAUCAAGGAAUUCUUCGACCAGCCCAACGAGGAGAAGAUGAAAGUCCAUAUCCACAAGAAAGUCGGAUUUCGUGGCUUUGAACCUCUCUUCGAAACAAAACUUGACUCGAAGACUCGCGGCGAUAUGAAGGAGUCAUUCCUCAUGGGUCCAGACAAGACCGACGCGGCGCAGGAGCUUCCAUUCCCAGCGCACACAGGGGAGUCCGUGAAUAACUGGCCGCCAAACAACGAGCGUUUCCGCGUCGCAGUGACCAAGUAUUAUAACCACUUGCAGCGGUUCUCAAAGGAACUAACCCGGACCUUCGCCCUUGCCCUUGGUAUGGAUGAACACUUCUUCGAUCGCAUGUGUACCUUCCCCGCUGGUUAUGUGCGACCCCUACACUAUCCGCCGCAGGAAGUCAGCGGUGGUGAAGAACCCGGUAUUGCAGCGCAUACCGAUUUUGCAUGCUUCACAGUUCUAUGUCAAGGGCAAGUUGGAGGCCUGGAAGUGCUCAACAAGAAUGGAAUCUGGAUUUCCGCUCCUCCUAUUCCUCGUACUUUUGUUGUGAACAUUGCCGAUUUCAUGCAGCAUAUCACCAAUGGAUAUUUCCAGUCUACUGUGCAUCGCGUGAUCAACAAGACUGGUGAGGAGAGGUACUCGAUCCCUUUCUUCUAUGCGUUUGAUGACGAGGCGGAACUAGAGGUUUUGCCUUCUUGUCGCGAGGAGGGCAAGGAAUAUGAGAGUGUUCGUGUGGGUGAAUAUAUUGCGCACCGCUUCAAGAUUUCUCGAACCAAGCAUCCGGACAAGGCGCAGGUUAAGCACAGAGGAAGUUUGAAAGAACGUUGGGGUACUUUGGGCAGACACAACAGCGGGAGGAGCAACACCAGACGAUGCCGCGCAGGCAAUAAUAACCACCGUCGCCUUGAGAUAGACAGACCGUCAAUUGCAGCCAUGGCUGUCUUCUCCCUCAUCAUCAUAAACAAGGCCGGCGGCCUCAUCUACCAACGCGAAUUCCAGGCUGGCCUGCAAAAGCUCUCUACAAACGACUACCUGGUCCUCGCAGGAACAUUUCACGGCGUCCACGCCAUCACCCGCUCCAUCACUCCCCGAAUACCAACCGCGAACCCCAAUCCCCAAACCACCUCAACACCUACAACACCCUCCGCAUCCUUGUCCUGGUCCCUCCCCGAACCAGGCCAACCGAAGACGGGAAUCGAAGUCCUCGAAACAGACCGCUUCCGCCUGACCUGUUUCCAGACUCAAACAGGCACGAAAUUCUUACUCUUUACCGACCCAUUGAUGACAAACAUCGACACCGUGAUGAAAAAGGUGUAUGAGUUGUAUGCAGAUUAUGUGAUGAAGAAUCCGUUUUAUCAGCUGGAGAUGCCCGUGAGAUGCGAGGCGUUUGAUCGGCAUUUGGGGACGUGGAUACGGGGGAGGGCAUAG